AUGGAGUGCAGCAUACCGACGGUGAAGGGAUAUGAAGACCCUGGUCUACGUGCACGGAGAAUGUCGUUAGAAGAGGUUGUCUCGAUUCUGAGGGAGGAGGAAGGCGUGUGGUAUGAUGGAGUCGACUGGAUAGAGAGGAGAAGGAACGAGGAGGAAGAGGAAAGGCGGCGGAAAGAAGCUCAGCUUAGGAAGGAGAAGGAGUACGACGAAGACUCGUCAAUAGCUGCGAGCAGCCCUAGCAACAAGUCGACACCCUCGUCGACACACACGUCAAGUUCCUCUCAUUCAAAUGCGACGAGCCCCGUGCUAUCGACUACGACGCUGCAGACCACACCCUCACCCCCGCCGUCUAGUGACGUGGAAGGAGGUUUGGCGAGCAAGAAGGACGAGGACGGCUCUGCUCCUUCUCAGCGUGAAUCCGAGUCAGAGUCGGAUGCCGCCCCUUCUCGCCCUCCGCCUCCGCCUCCGCCUCCCAGGCCGAGGAUAAUCCCUGUUGACCCCGUCCGAUCCCCGCCCUUACUUCUCAGCAGUAUACCUUAUAUUCCAGUGACGACCGCCCAUCUACCUCAGUUCAGUAGCGACGCAAUUCGCAUCGUCUGGCGCGACGCCUGUGCGCCACUGUACCACUGUCGGUGCUCUAUAUGUGAACGGGCAAAGCUCGCCGAGUCUGCCGCGCGCGCAGCAUACGCGGCUGCGAAUGCUCCAACGAUCGUGCCGUCCCAGUAUCAAUACCAACAGCAACAACAGCCUGUCCGGUCCUACCCCCCUAUUGCUAUCCGCGGAAAUAUCAACAGUGAUAGCAAUGCCACCGUCAAUAUUGACGCUGCCGAGAUUGAGCUCAAGGAAGUGAGCGAGAUCGAGCUGGACGGCGAGGGCGAGGAGGAGGUGGACUAUGACGCGUCCGACCUGGAAUACGAUGACGAAGAAGAGGAGGAAGAUGAAGACGAUCUGCGCUACGCACGAUAUAUGUACUCGGCCUCGCCUGAGGUGGAGGCUGAGGUGGAUGUGGUCGACCUCGUCUCGGACGCCGAGGGCGAUCUCGAGCAGGGUCAUGAACGCGAGCAAGCACCGUCGCCCCGACCCAGGAAGAGGUCCUGCGACGAGCUAGAGCUGGCAGAUGCGCAAGCCGACGCGAUUGAAGCCGGUCAGGACCCGGACGACAAUUCCAUUGUUGAAUCGCCUUUCUUUCGUCGGGAUGAUAGGCGAGAACAUGGGACGCCGCCGAAACGCGCUCGACUCGGAGACGUCGACAGGGAUCCCGUCAGCCCGUUGGAAGAAGACGGAGACGGACUUGCAGGGGGAGACAUAGAUGGAGACACCGGGCUAUCGACAUUUCCUAUCGGUGUGAACCACGACCCCAUGGUUUCGCCUGUGGUUUCUCCGACCCGAUUACGAAAACGAAGCAGCGAAGAGCUCGAGGACGGGCCCGACGAUCAACAAUACGUUUACGUUCACGCCCAUGGGGUGGGAUCGGAAUCGGGGCAGGGUCCUCCCGGUAACGCCUCGAACAAGAGGGCCAAAGUGGACCAUCCGACGUCGCUUGUGGCCAGUCCUGCUAGUCUCGCGUCGGAUUUAAACGGAGAGGGCGAAGACCGAUCAGCGUUGGGGGUGGGGUUAGGCGGUAAGGGCAAGGCUGCGUGUUCGCCCGCUCCUCCCAGUGCGGUGGUUGGUACCCUGCUUCAGGUAGAGGAAGUACCGGCCGAGCGGGAGGAUGAGGAAUGCGAGGAGGAAAUCGACAAGCCGUACCUGCCGCCCCGGAUGUGGUCGCGGGCGCCUUCCCACAGGGCAGGCCCGACAGGCUGA